AGACUUAAUGAAGGCAAGCAAUAGAUAUGUAAAAGGGUGCGAAGGAAAGCAUGGGUUUUCAAAUCAAGGGAUCUUACAACUCUUCACCUCUGCUUCAGUCCUCCUCUUCCUCUUCUUCUUCGAACUCUUGAGCAACCAGAAGAAAGUAGCCUCCUCUUAAACUUCGUAGGUGAAUAGGCAAAAAGAAUGAGAAUGGUGGAGAAGCAGUCCCACUCUUGGUGGUUUGACAGCCACAACAGCCCAUGGAGUUCGACAUGGCUGGAAUCUACUCUUCAAGAGCUAGAAGAGAAGACCAAGGCAAUGCUGGCACUGAUCGAAGAAGAUGCUGACUCCUUUUCUCAGUGUGCAGAGUUGUACUAUAAGAGGAGACCACAACUUGUGGAUAUGUUAGAACAAUGGCACCGGGCUCAACGCUUAUUAGCUGAGCGGCAUGACCAGCUCAGGUUAGAAGUUGGAAGGCAUCAGAACCUCACACCAUUCCGCUCCCUUAUAUCAAGAAGCAGAAGCUGGUCUCCUAAGCUAAAUAGCCCAAUGGAUAUGUUGUGCGAAUCUUCCUCGGAUUCUUUUGAUUCUUAUCAGUCUGAAGUUGAUGAUCCUGAGGGAGAAGUCCAAGUCGAGAGCAAGAUGACAGAAGUGGCUGAUGAGGAUAGCAGCAGUGAUGAGGGGAAGCUGCUGAUGCAUGAAGAAAUCGAAAGACUGACAGAGGAGAAUAAAAUGCUGAAAGCUGAAAUAAAAGUAAAAGAUGAAGAGAAAAGGGAAGUUAUUAGACAGUUGUCUCUGCCAAUUGGCAUUUUAAGUGAUGAUAAUGCUAGUCUGAGGAAGUGCAUUAAAGAGAUAGUAAGGGGAGUUUUUUCGAAUUAAAAGAGUUGAAAGAAAUAUUUUCCUGGAAGUAGUUUGGUGUGCGUUAAACUUUUUCUCUGCAGUGAAUGUGAAAGCAUAGGAAAAAAAAAGAUGACGACAAAAUAUACAUCUGUUAUGAAUCAGCUUAUAUGUGGCUUUUCUCAUGCACUUUGCGAGGUUUGAUCCCAAUAAAGACAAGUUUAAAAGA